GUGUCCUGCCUUGUACCCACUGUGCUCCUUCUGCUCCCCUUUCCAGAGCUCCCACCAUGGUCAAUGAGACCCAGCACACCUGCAGUGCCAGUUCCAGCUCCAAGUCUGAUGGUGGUAGCAGCAGUGGGAGCGAGAGCUCCAAGGACAACUCGCGCUGCUCCACGCCUGUCCUCGAUGCCGACCGACACGAGCGGCUGCGGGAGAAGAUGCGCCGCCGGCAGGAGGCUGGAGACAAGUGGUUCUCCCUGGAGUUUUUUCCUCCACGCACAGCCAAUGCUGCUGUCAAUCUCAUCUCCAGGUUUGACCGCAUGGGAGCAGGAGGUCCACUCUUCAUUGAUGUGACAUGGCACCCUGCAGGGGACCCAGGAUCUGACAAGGAAACCUCUUCCAUGAUUAUUGCCAACACUGCAGUCAACUACUGUGGCCUGGAGACCAUCCUGCACAUGACAUGCUGCAACCAGACCAAGGAUGACAUCACAGGGCAUCUACAGAAGGCCAAACGUCUCGGGUUGAAGAACAUCAUGGCACUGCGUGGAGAUCCUGCUGGUGAGGAAUGGGAGGAAGAAGUAGAUGGUUUCAACUAUGCUGUUGACCUGGUUAAGCACAUUCGCAAUGAAUUUGAUGAUUAUUUUGACAUCUGUGUGGCAGGCUACCCCAAGGGUCAUCCUGAAGCAGAGAGCUAUGAGGCAGACCUGAGGCACCUGAAGGAGAAAGUCUUUGCUGGAGCAGACUUCAUCAUUACACAGCUUUUCUUCCGGCCAGAAACCUUCCUCAAGUUCAUGAAGGAUUGUCAAGCCAUUGGCAUCACCUGCCCCAUUAUUCCUGGCAUCUUCCCCAUACAGGGUUAUCACUCCCUGCGCCAGCUGGUGAAGCUCUCCAAGCUGGAAGUGCCUCAAGAAAUCAAAGAUGUGAUUGAACCCAUCAAGGACAAUGAUGCAGCGAUCCGGAACUAUGGGGUGGAGCUGGCAGUGUCCAUGUGCAGGGAGCUGCUGGACAGUGGGAUGGUGCAUGGGCUCCACUUCUACACCCUCAAUCGCGAAGUGGCGACUACCGAAGUCCUGAAGCGCUUGGGCAUAUGGAAGGAGGACCCCAGGCGACCUCUGCCCUGGGCAGUCAGUGCUCACCCCAAGAGGAGAGUGGAAGAUGUUCGGCCAAUCUUCUGGGCCUCCAGGCCAAAGAGUUACAUCUAUCGAACCCAAGAGUGGGAUGACUUCCCCAAUGGGCGAUGGGGCAACUCCUCCUCUCCAGCCUUUGGGGAACUGAAGGACUAUUACCUCUUCUACCUGAAGAGCAAGUCUCCCAGGGAGGAGCUCCUGAAGAUGUGGGGAGAAGAGCUGACUGGUGAGGAAAGUGUCUUUGAGGUGUUCACGUGUUACAUCACUGGAGAACCCAACAAGAAUGGCUACAAGGUUACAUGUAUGCCUUGGAACGAUGACCCUCUUGCUACUGAAACCAACCUUCUGAAGGACCAGCUGGAGAAGGUCAACAGACGAGGAAUCCUGACCAUCAACUCCCAGCCAAACAUCAAUGGCAAACCAUCCACAGACCCCAUUGUGGGCUGGGGGCCCAGUGGGGGUUAUGUUUUUCAAAAGGCAUACCUGGAGUUCUUCGCCUCCAGCGAGAUCGUCACAGCACUGCUCAAGGUGCUGAAGAAGUAUGAGCUGCGGGUGAACUACCACAUUGUCAAUGUCCAGGGCCAGAAUAUUACCAAUGCUCCAGAUCUGCAACCCAAUGCUGUCACCUGGGGCAUCUUCCCAGGCAGAGAGAUCAUCCAGCCCACUGUAGUGGAUCCUGUAAGCUUCCUCUACUGGAAGGAUGAGGCCUUUGCACUGUGGAUCGAGCAGUGGGCGAAGCUCUAUGAGGAGGAGUCGCCCUCACGCAUGAUCAUCCAGUACAUCCAUGACAACUACUACUUGGUCAACCUGGUGGACAACGACUUCCCACUCGAAAACUGCCUCUGGCAGGUUGUGGAUGAUACUUUUGAGCUGUUGAACUAUCCAACUCAGCAGUGAAAAUUCCUCUUCUAAUCCCUCACUUCCUCCUUCUUUCGUCCACUGACUUCGGGAAAAGAAAGCAGCAGCAGCUCCUGUGCUGAUGAUGGACCACA